CGAGUAUGUACUGUAUAUAAUUCGCCUUGUAUCAUUUCAUGCCUAAUGAAAUCGUUUUUGUUAUUAGGGUUUUGCAUAUGGUACUAAUUGAUAUGUGUGCAUAGUUCCAUAAUUAAUUAGAUUGGCUCGCAUGUAGAAAGAAAUAAUUCAAAUUAUAUUAAAUACAAAUGCGUUAUGAGCUUGACUGAAUUGGACUUUAGUACAACGCGUCGGCUUAUGUUGAUAGUCAUUGUACUGCUUUUCAUAUUAUUUGCUAAAAGACUCGCAUUCCAUGACGAUAAUAUACACUUUAAUAAUUGAUUUGCAUUUAAAAUCGCUUGAGGUCUAAGAAAACCGACGCAAAAAAUGUCAACUCCUACCAAUCGACGUGUAUCAUAUUUUUAUAAUCCCGAUGUGGGCAAUUUUCAUUAUGGGCCUGGUCAUCCAAUGAAGCCGCACCGCUUGUCGGUUACCCAUAGCCUUGUCAUGAACUAUGGACUUCACAAAAAGAUGAAAAUAUAUCGACCUUACAAAGCAAGUGCCCAGGACAUGCUCCGAUUUCACAGUGAAGAGUACAUUGACUUUCUGCAGAAAGUCACUCCGCAAAACAUCCAGUGCAAUACCGUUGGAUACACAAAAUACUUGUCUCACUUUAGUGUGGGUGAGGACUGUCCGGUGUUUGAUGGAUUAUUCGAGUUUUGUGCAAUGUACACAGGUGCGUCACUAGAGGGUGCGCAGAAGUUGAAUCACAAUCACAGUGAUAUAUGCAUCAAUUGGUCAGGUGGCUUACAUCAUGCUAAAAAAUUUGAAGCAUCAGGCUUCUGCUACGUUAACGAUAUAGUAAUAGGCAUUCUGGAAUUACUUAAGUACAAUCCCAGAGUGUUGUAUAUAGAUAUCGAUGUGCAUCAUGGAGAUGGUGUGCAAGAGGCUUUUUACCUCACCGACCGUGUGAUGACUGUUUCCUUCCAUAAAUACGGAAACUAUUUCUUCCCUGGAACGGGAGACAUGUAUGAAAUAGGUGCUGAAUCUGGUCGGUACUAUAGUGUAAAUGUUCCUUUGAAAGAAGGCAUUGAUGAUCACAGCUAUUUUCAAGUAUUCAAGCCAAUAAUCUCGGCAGUAAUGGAUUUUUAUCGCCCCACAGCGAUUGUCUUGCAAUGCGGCGCGGAUUCCCUUGCUGGUGAUCGUUUGGGCUGUUUUUCCCUUAGUACUCGUGGACAUGGCGAGUGUGUGAAAUUCGUUAAGGAACUAAAUGUACCUACUUUGGUUGUAGGGGGUGGCGGCUACACUUUACGCAACGUGGCCCGUUGCUGGACUCAUGAAACUUCUUUACUGGUAGAUGAAAAUAUUUCUAAUGAUUUGCCAAUGUCAGAGUAUUUAGAAUUUUUCGCACCUGAUUUCACGCUACAUCCAGAUGUGAACUCACGACAGGAAAACGCAAAUUCUAAACAAUAUUUGGAAUUAAUAGUAAAACAUGUUUAUGAGAAUUUAAAGAUGUGUCAACAUUCGCCCAGCGUGCAAAUGGUACAAAUACCACCAGACGUCAUAGAUAUGGAGGAGGUGCGUGUGAAAGAGGAAUCUGAUCCAGAUGUUCGAAUAACGCAAGCAGAAGACGAUAAAAUGGUCGAGCCGAAAAAUGAAUUCUACAGUGGAGAAGCGGAUCAAGAUAAAGGCGAUAUGGCUGAAAGCUAAAAAUUACGAAUUAUUGUGUAGUGAAAAUAGGAAAAGGCUUCUUAGGACGCAUAGUAUAUUAGUUGUAAAAUUGCUUUUAAUAACUUGUAAGUUUUAUAUAUAUAAGCCCCAGCCCUUUCAAUUGAGUAGAAAUUUUAAGGUUAAUGCUUUACUCUAAAGAGCGAUUUUUUUUAUGGCAAAUCAAAAGGCAAGAAUAAGAAAUUAUAUUAUCGACAUCGCCGAUAACUGACAAGUAAUAGUAAGAGAUUUAUUCAUAGAACGUGGAAGGAAAUAAAAUUCCAGUUAAAUGGAUUUAAGCUGUCAGAAAAUAAAUUUGAACUUUAGGCAAAUAAAUGAAAACUUUGGGCAAAUAAAAUUAAACUCUACUGGAAUACUGUGGUACUAAACAGUGUUUGAAAAACUGGUACUUGCUGUAUUUAGUGUAUUUUUCACACACAGUAGAGUUCAAUUUUAUUUGACCAAGAGUUAAAUUUAUUUGCCGGAACUUUAAAUUUAUUUGCCCAAAGUUUAAAUCUAUUUGCUGAAAGUUUAAAU